UCCCAACUCAAAAUGGCUGUCGGUCAUGGCUGGCGCUUCUGGGCCAUUUUCGCUGCCCUGUCCGUCACUUCAAUUCUCUCAGCUCUCGAUGCAUCCGUUAUUUCCACGGCCAUGCCUACGAUUGUAAACGAUCUGGGCUCCGGGCCGUCGUAUGUGUGGAUUGCCAACGCCUACUUCCUUACCAUGACGGCCUUUCAGCCUCUGUAUGGCCAGACGGCCAACAUUUUCGGUCGCCGCAGCCUGAUUGUCCUCUCCGUCGUCUUAUUCGCUGUCGGUUCCGCUGUAUCGGGUGCUGCAAAGACCACUGCAACCCUUAUCGCAGGCCGGGCCAUCCAGGGCGUUGGUGGCGGCGGUAUAAACGUCCUUGUAGACAUCAUCGUCUGCGACUUGGUCCCGUUGCGCGAGCGUGCUCAAUAUAUGGGUCUUAUCUUCUCCAUAUUUGCCGUCGCACUGUCCUUGGGCCCCGUCAUUGGCGGCCUCAUGACCCAGCGUGUCACCUGGCGUUGGAUAUUCUACAUGAACCUACCCAUCUGCGGCGCCGCCCUUGCUCUUCUUCUACUAUCCCUCAAAGUCCAGUACAAGAAGGAUUCGGCUAAGAACAUGCUAAAGCGCGUCGACCUGGCUGGAAAUGCGCUCCUCAUCGCCUCUGUUCUCGCCAUCCUACUCGCCUUGACUUGGGGUGGCACCGAACAUCCUUGGGGCUCGUGGAGGACCAUCCUGCCGCUCGUCCUAGGCAUUCUCGGCCUAAUCGGUUUCCUCGGCCUCGAGUCCUGGAGCGGCCUUCCUGAGCCAACUAUGCCCAUUCGCAUCUUUUCCAACCGCACAUCCCUCGCUACAUUUGGCUUAACCUUCGUUCACGCCAUCCUCAACUAUUGGAUCACUUACUGGCUGCCCGUCUACUUCCAGUCUGUGCUAGAGGCUUCUCCCACAGCCUCGGGCGUUGAUCUUCUACCCAGCGCAGUAGCGGCCAUUCCCUUCGCCAUCAUUGCUGGCGGCGGCUUGACCAAGCUCGGCCGCUAUCGCCCUUUUCAUUUCAUUGGCGCCAUCCUUCUGACCAUAACCUUCGGUCUCUUCACUCUUCUCGACGCCCAAACCUCUACUGGGUACUGGGUCGGCAUCCAGAUCAUCGGUGCUGCCGGGAGCGGUGUGCUGCUAACGACGACGUUGCCGGCCAUUCAAGCUCCACUACCCGAGGCGGACGUGGCUGUUGCUACUGGCACUUGGGCAUUCCUUCGCAGCUUCGGUGGCAUUUGGGGCGUCGCUAUUCCCACUGCCAUCUUCAAUUCACAGGUCAACAAGCUCCUCGGCCGUAUUGACAGUGCAGAUCUACGCUCCACGUUGGCCAACGGGGGAGCUUACGCCAUGGCAUCAAAGGACUUCAUGCUGUCAUUGAACCCAACCCCAGUCAUCAAGUCUCAGGUGUUGGGCGUGUACAUUGACAGUCUCAAGCUAGUCUGGCAGGUCGGAAUUGCUUUCGGUCUACUUUGUUUCAUCAUCGCUCUCGUGGUCAAAGAGGUCCCGAUGCGUGAGCAGCUCGAGACCGAAUUUGGUCUCGCUGAUGAUGAGAAACAACAAGACGUCGAAAAGCCCCAAAGCACCGAUACCAACACUGAUUGAAAGAGAUGGGACGAUUGGUCUAUUGCAGAUGUAGAUUAUACUAAAGUCAUUUCAACUUCCUGUUUUUACACUUUUAGGUUUCACAUAAUCUCAUUCACGGAUUGCUUAGAGUUUGAGUUAAUACAAGACUGUGGAUAUAUCUAUGCCACUACUUGCG